GUGGCUUAGUGAUGCAUGAAGACCACGCGAAGUUCGUCUAGUUUCAACUUGUCUUUCUUAAAAUUAGAAGAGUCCCCACUGAAGGACAAGCAUCCUGCUCAAGUUCGAAAUGGGAAAGGAACAAGAGCUUCUUGCUGCUGCUAAAACCGGAGAUAUACAGCAAGUUCGCAAGCUUUUGAGCAAACUGCGAAAAACUGUGUCUUCCUCUAAACUGGAAGCCUCUGCUGACGUGGGAAAGGACGGAAAGUUCAAGAAAAAUCCAAAAAAAUCUGCAAAAUUGCUUAAUGUAAAUGCCGCAGAUGACAACUGCUUUACAGCCUUACAUCACUCAGCAUUGUUAGACAAGGCUGACAUAUGUAGGGAACUGAUUGAUGUUGAAGCUACUGUUGACCUAAAGGACAAGAAUGGUAUGACGCCACUGCAUUUGGCAGCUUGGGCUGGUAGAGUAGAACAAGCAAGCUUGCUUCUUCGAUCUGGAGCUGAUUCAAAUUCCUUGUCUAGUAAUGGUGAAACUGCUUUAAUACUGACAGCUCAAUAUGGAAAAACAGACGUGGCAUCUCUUCUCCUUGGUAACAAAGCUGAUGUAGGUGCUAUUGCCUUUGGUGGUUCAACAGCUUUAGAUAAAGCUUGUCAAUUUGGACAUUUGGAGAUGGUGGAACUGCUGGUUAAGUCUGGUGCUCUCAAAUAUGUGAAACCAUUGAGUAAUGCUGACAAGAAGGAUCCUAAUAAACAUACCCCACUCCAUUUAGCAGCUAAACAUGGCCAUGUGGAAAUCAUUAGGGCAUUGCUUUCAUACGGAGUUGAUGUCAACCUGGAGACAGCUAAUGGUACUAGUCUUCAUGAAGCCGCUUUGUAUGGACGGAAGGACAUUGUCAAGCUGCUUGUUGAGUGUGGUGUUGAUGUCAAUCGAAGAAACCUUUAUCAGCAAACAUCACUAGACAUUGUUCUCCAUUUUGUCAAGUCGGCUGCAGCUAAAGAGAUGAAAGAAAUUCUUAUUGAAUCUGGAUGUGCUAAUGUGGUUCUAGCUAGAGCCAACUUUGAUUACCAUGUUGCUGAUAGUACAAUGUUGUCACUUUGUGAAGGACAGAUAAUAGCUGUUUUAGAACAGAAUGCUAAUGGUCGAUGGAAAGGAUCUGUUGGUGAAGGAGAGGUAAUAAAUGGAAAUUGGUGUAAUGAUUUACAUAUGUUUGUGUGGUCAUCAUAUCUAUGCUUGAUUAAAGAGAGGUCUUUUAUGGUGGUGCAAGCUAGUACCAAAUUCUUUGAAUUUUACAUGUUAUGUAAUCUCAAAAACUGUGACUACACUACCUUAUGGACUAGGUGUACUGUAUUUUCUUGAAAGAAUGCCGGCUCCGCCAUUAACUUGAAUGAACACCUCCCUUGAAUGCAUCCCGCAGGGUAGGUAAUUGAUAUUCAAUAAUCCAUAUCGCAUGCAUGCUUGACAUGUGACUGAAUCAUCUGAACCACAAGGCUGAAAGUAGCGACCCAAGAAGCGUUCACACGAGACUGCCUUCAAACUCAAAGUAGUAUAAUAUGUGUAGCUCUUUGGGAACAGGCAAGCAGUUGAGUCCAUAGAGUACAUAGCCAAACGCCGAUUGGUGAAAGAAGACAGCUCUAAAGACGAUGUUGGCAUGGAAAAAUUUAAAGACGAAGAGAGGAAGGAGAAAGAUUAGGCUUGGGCCAGACGUGCAGUGUGCGUGUGGUACUGGACAUGAAAAAUGACAUUGUAAGAAUGCCGCUGCAGCUAGGAUCUAGUCUUGCCAAAUGAAUAGACGCUGCAGCAUUUUUUGAGGAAAUACAGUACAUUAUUUAUUAUCCAAAAGGCCUGGAGGCAUAUUUGAUUGGGCUUCCUGGAAAAAAAGAAAAGAAAGGCGAGAGAGGAUGGAAAGCCAACAUAAAUAAAAAGUAAGUUGUUUGAAACAGGAACUGUCACAUGUAUUGAGCUUGUGCAGCAUAAUAGAUGCAAGCAGCUGCUGCUUCAGUUGUAAUAGUGCGACUAGUGACAUGCAUCGCUACACAUGGCCCCCAAUAUUUUUCAAAAGGGUGUGGUCAUUGAGACAAUAGACAAGAUCUCAUGACAGUUAAACCCAGAAGCUGGUCUUCUCAAUUUUGGAGGUCCUACAAUGCCCUUGGCACUACUAUUCAAUGGCAUUGCUGAGAAAGACAGAGAUAAAGAUGAUUUUUAGGGAAAUGAUGCAACUGGUUUGUCUAGGGUUCUUCCUAGGUCCUUAUAGUGUAGUGCGGCGCUAUGCUACUUUGAGUGCAGUGAUAUCAAUUUGUAGUGUUGUCAUAUACCGUAAUGCUAAAAAUUUAUGGAUUGUAUUAUUUUUGUUUAGGUUACAUAGUUUUUAUAUCACACUAUUUUAGUUCUCGCGUUCUAGCCUAUACUCGCAUGCUAUGCAUUUCUUACAAUACGGUUGCCAUUUGUUAAAUAGUUUCGGAUAAAAUCAUCAUUAUGACACAGGUAUGAUGACAUCGUUGAAUAAAAACACUCACUUUACAUACAGCUGUACUUUCUAUUAAAUAAUAUUACAUACGUCUUUGAAAAGCCCAAACUGACCAAAUUGCAUAAUUUUAUAUCUGCAUAAAUUUCUAACAUUAUGGUAUAGCCUCGAUCGGUGCCAGAUCGCUUUUUGCAUAGGAGGUGGCAGGGAGGGCAGGUGAGAGAGUACCGGUGGAGAGAAAAGUGCAUUGCUUUUUCAAAAUUGUUGUAGAAGAGGACAGUGUAGAAAAAGCACAAAAUAUUCAGCACUGCCGACUGUGAGCAUGCUUUUCAGCCAUUUUUUUAUAAUUCCCCAAUACCCCAACUUUCCUUCCAACAUCUCUCUCCCAAGGCAAGUAGGCAAAUCCCAACUACAAACAUCUAAAACUUCUAAUUACAUACGUGCAUGUAACAUCUUGGCAUUGUAGCACCAUAGUUUUACAGACAACUGUUCUAAUAUGUUCUUAAGAGCUCGAUAUCCCAUUGGUUGAUGAUGUCUUUGAACAUAUUCCUCUCAAAUAGUCUUCACAACAGAUAAAUGUCUAAAAUAAACUAACCAGUGCCAAGAGCCCGUACUACAAUUUAGCUAAAACCAAAAAACCGUCCAGCUGGCAGGCUAACAGUUUCCUGGCCAAUUGAUGUGUUGCCCACAAUGCUGAGGAUCUUGUUGUAUAUCAUCUGUGCAUUUUCUUUUUGGAGACAGACAGCUAACCGGAUGGACCAAUCCCUCUUAAAGUGGCUGGAAGAAACGUUUGAGACAGAUUGUGCCAGCAAUGUCUAGAGUGAAAGGGGAUAUGAAGCCCACAGAUUCAAAAACUAGUGAAUAGAAUAGGCCACCUGCUGUGGUAACAUUGGCUUCAAGCUUGGCAUCUUUUCACAUUCUGCUGCUGCUGCUGCUGCACCAGGCUGAUAGCUGCUAUCAAUAUAUAGGAAGGUUGGAAGAGUUACGAAUUGUAACAUCGAAAUAUCCAGGUUGACCAUGCAUCCAUGAAAUCUGGAUGAUUCACAUCUCCUGGUCUACUUGAAUCAUAGCCUGAGCAGUUCUGUUCUGUUUGGACCUGCUUGUUUUCAACAAGAAAAGCUUGGAAUAUUACUUUGCAAAGAGCAUUGCGAUGUUGAACACAUAGCGGACCCCUAGGGCAGCUGAUUAGGUGGUUACCAAAUGGAUCGAUUGGAGCACCACAGCAGCAUAACACAGAAGACGGUGGAAGAGGAAAGAUCAGAAUUCCGAGCCAUGUCCGGAUCACAAUUACGAAUUCAUGUGGAGGAAUGGUGAGGCCUAGAUUGGGGUUGUGUAAUUCCCGUAACUAAGCCCCAGCAUGGGUCGAUGAAAUGGUGUUCAGACGAGCUUUGUCUCUUUAACUCCCAUUGUUCAUUAAGGAGUUGAAAACAUUGUAAUGUAUCUGUUUCUGAAUAUUCUGCUGAGAAGCUGUGUUGAGAUCCAAAGUGUGCAUUGCAGGUAAUUUCUCUCCAAGAAUACUGCACACUUCACGUUUGCCUUGAACUUUAAUUAAAUCAGGACAAAAGACCUCUUCAGCAAAUUCAGUGUUUGAAUUGCCUGCCUUUCUUAAAAGACUCUGAAUCAACUUUUGGGUGGUAUUGCAACUUCCUAUGAAAGCAGCCGCUGAUGAGGUUAGUGCUUCUCUAAGACCAAGACCUCCUGUGCGAACUGGUAGUGUUACUUGGAGCCAUGAGGAAUUCGGAAUGGAUGAGCGAGUGAUUAGUUCAAGAGAAUGUCUCAGACUUUUGUCAAACAAGAAAACUAUAU